AUAUACAUAUUCAAAUAGGAGACACCUGUCUCUUGAUGACUGGAAGAUAGAAAAAGGUUGAUUCAAUGAUCGUUCUAUUGAGAAAACAUUGUCUUCUUCUCGUUCUCGAUAACGCAGAACUAUCCACGUAAGCGAGAUACAUUCGAUAAAGUAAUGCAUGUUUGCCGUGUAUACAGAAUAUGUGCUUUUAAUUCACGUGCAUUCAUCAAAGAGUGACGGCAAGAUAAGGAUUGCCCCUUCCGAGACGAGAGCUCCUGCGCGAUUAGCGAUCGCUAUAAAUCGAAUUAGACCUCGCACGACUGUCUCGUACAAGACGCAGCGGGCUAACGUUCUGUGGUUUGCAUGGUAAUGAAUUGGUCCUCCGUUGCUCGCGAAUCUCGUUCCUUCUCGAUCGCUGCCUGUCCGCCGACAAUCGCAAAACAGGCCGCCAGUGCGGUCGCGCUCUUCUUCAAGAACAACGUGCGAUGGAGAAGCGUGAGGAUGAAUUGUCGAAGGAAUCGGGGAAGUUGCGGCAAUUCCUUGCCGCGAUGAUCGUGAAUCUAUCGGCGAUGUCUUAUGGGACCAUGAUAGGAUGGCAAUCACCGUCAGCCCCGCAACUGCAGAGCUCAUCGCCGCCCGUAGGAAGUGUACCGAUGACGGAUGACGGUGUAUCCUGGUUGAGCGGUAGCAUGUGCCUGGCCGGCACUCUUACGGUCGCGAUACUUUUGAUGAUACCCAACAAAUUCAGUCGGAAGAGAAUGUGUUACGGAUUGACGUUACCGCUAGCAUUUUCCUGGCUGUUCAUAAUCUUCGCCACCAAUCACACGCAUAUCUACGUAGCGAGGGGCUUGAGUGGCAUUGGUGGUGCCGGUGUGCUCUUCUUCGUGCCAAUUUACGUAUCAGAAAUCGCAGGCGACAGCAUACGCGGUUUUCUUGCGAGCGUCAUGACGUUAGUCUUGAACUUUGGGAUAUUGCUGGCUUACAUUUUAGGCGGCGUAUUAUCCAUGCGUGUUUUAGCCAUUACCUUACUGGCGAUACCUGUGUUGUACCUCGUCGCUUUCGUCUUCAUGCCGGAAUCACCGGUCUACCUGGUGCGUCAGAAUCGUCUGCACGAGGCGGCCAGAUCCUUGAACUGGCUGAAAGCCGGAAACAAUCUGGCGGUGGAAAAAACACUGUCGCACUUACAGCUAGAGAUUAAAGAGAGCGCAAUCGCGAGAUCUGCCAAGCUGUCGGAUUUAUUCAAGGACAGAGCGACGAUCAAAGCACUGAUAAUUAGUUUGAUGUUGUUCUGCGGUCAGCAAUUCGGCGGGAUAUUCGCACUGAUCAGCUACUCGGAGACCAUCUUCAAGAUGUCCGGUAGUUCGUUAACGCCGAACACAUCAGCUAUCAUCAUAGCGCUCAUACAAUUUUUCGGUUCGUGGCUGGCGCUUGUCCUGGUUGAGCGCGCGGGUAGACGGCUACUGUUACUCGUAUCCGCCUCAGGAAUGUGCGCGUGCCACUGUGCGAUGGGCGCGUUCUUCUACUUUCAGGAUCAAGAGUACAAUGUCUCCGCCUUCUUUUGGGUACCGGUAACGGCACUGUCCAUCUUCAUGGUAGUUUAUUCUAUGGGACUGGGCACCAUACCCGUCGUAGUGGUGUCAGAGAUAUUUAGCCGUGAUGUGACCAGCCUGGGCCUGGCUAUGGGCAUGCUGAUGUGCUGGAUGUGCGCUUUCAUCAUGGUCAAGGUGUUUUCCGAUCUAAUCGUCCUGCUGGGUACAUACGGCUGCUUCUUCCUGCUCGCCAUUGUCUGCGUGUGCAACCUGAUCUUCUGCUUCAUCAUGAUGCCAGAGACCAAGGGACGGUUGCGCGAGGACAUCGUCGAUGAACUGAAUGGCAAGUCAAAAACGAAGCAAAUUAAACACAUCGUUGCAAUGGACUCGGAACAAGUGGCACACGUGUAAAAGUAAAGCAUACAUCCUUGAGUGGCUAGAUAUCCGCAUUUGGAAAAAAACAGCGUGUCGGAAAAAAAUGGGAGACUAAUAGAAUAAAUUCUUAUAGUCCGUCUUUCUAUAAGAAAGGAAAAUUUCCUGUAGAUUAUUUUCUACGUUAAAAAUAUGCGAUCUGUGUGAAAUGUGUCAGAGAAUGAUGAUAACGACAUUAUUUAAUCGUAACAUCACUCGUUAUCUCAUAUGCCAGCGUGUUUUAUGAGAAAACGAAGCAUAUGACGUUCGGGAUAUAUUGAUGCGUACAAUGUAAUGCUGAUAAUGUGAUAAUAUCGAAUCAGUGAUGUGAGAAAGUGUAUAUAAAGGUGUACAUAAAAUGCUCAUAUAACAAGACUACUAGUAAGAUAAAGACUGUUUUAAAAAAUGUACAUAUUCUAUAAUAUCAUUAAUUACGAAAUCACACUUUUGUGUAUAAUAAAGAUUAUUAUAUCGGACCAGAUAUUAUCAACUAUUAGCAAAAAUAAAUAUUGCUAAUAUUAAUAUUAA